AUGUACUCCGACCUUCACAUCAAUCUCCCUCCACAUUUGCUAGUCGACCUUGCGAGACUCCAUCAGAGCAUUCCUGUCUGCAGCCCGCACCACCUUCAAACCCACGCUCUGCCAUCCAACGACCCCAAGUUCUUCACAAUGUCGGGCCCUACAAAGAACUUCCUCGACCUCACCGUCACCAUUCCUCCCGUCGAAACAUCAGCGAGCGCCCACCGUGCGGCCUCCAACUCCGCCCACCCUGCCCUGCCAGGAGAGCAGCCAGCGCAACCGCCCGCGAGACCCACCACAUCCGGCCUCGACGGGCGCGACGCUUCCACCCUUUGGCCCCGUCCGGCCCUCUUCACGUCCACGUCCCCCGCGCCUAAUGCGUCCUGGCCGGGACUCGAGUUUCGAGUCUGA